GAUAAUUUAUUAAUCAUCUCACGGCGGAAGAAGAAGAAGAAGAAGAAGAUGGAGAAAUCGAAGAAGACAGAUACGUCGUUCAUCGCCUCCAUGAACGACGAUCUUCUACAUAACAUUCUCCGAAGAUUACCCGCGAAACCGUUCGCCUUCGCUUCCUGCGUAAACCGAUCAUGGAACAUCGUCUGUAAUCACAUCCUCUCUCGCCCCAAAAUGGUCUCCGCUUUCUCUAGAAACUCCGAUCAACUCAAAGCUGUAGAAGAAGCAGUUGAUAAAGCUUUGUCUGAACCAAUUCGACCAGAUUUCGUUAUUGCAAACAUUACAUGUGGGAACAUGGAAGUAACUUUGAGGCUGAUAACUAAAAGAGUGGGAUCAAGGGUUCCUCUUAUUGUAUCCAUAGUUGAAGGAGUGUUGGGAAAAGAAGCCUGUAACGACAACGCUGGAGAGGUCAAACAGAAUGAUCAGGGCAUGUACUUUUGUCCAACUUAUGCUAUACUGUUGACCAUUGGCUACUUUCCAGGAAUUCAAGUCGACGUUAUUCCUGUAAUUCAAGCGAAAGAGGAAUCUGAAGCGACAGUUGGAGACAAAUUUGUGAUGGAUAUCAGGAAUUUCGUGUCUGCGGUUUCAGAUCAUGCCACACCAGCCUGUCUUAUGCUCUUCGGGGAGGAUACUCACGCCACAGAACCUAUCAUUCGAAAAUUGGACUAUGCCAUGCCCGCAGAAACCAUUAUUGUGGGUGAUCAAAAGGGCCAGUUUUUACAUAAACGUGCUGAUGAAUUAAGAACUGUUCAGUUGCAUAAAGAUGAGAGCAGGGUUCUUGCAGGCUUAAUCUUCGCAAGAGAUAGACACAGACCCAUUCCAGAGGCUGGAAGAGUUCAGUUUAGCACUGCAAUAUCAAGAGGAAUGUCAUCGGUUGAUUUGAGGUACAAGGUGGCUAAUGCCGUUAACAGUCUCCCUAGAUGGCCUGCCACACUUAUGACUGCAAAAAGAAUUGGAGAAGCAGAGGUUCUUAAUGGAGAACAGAUUCUAGAUGACAUAGAGGAGAGUUUGUUAGGAAACCCUCUCUGGGAGGCUGGUCCAUACAUUGGAGUGAUAAAAAGAAGAAAAUACUCUGUUGGUUUGGAGGAGAAGCCAAAGAUCAUUGCCUCACUUGUGUUUCAUCAAGUGACUGGAGCCGAUGAACAGUAUCUUACAGUCAAAGGCGGUGGAAUUAAAACGGGUGACCAUUUCCAAGUUUACAUCCCUGAUGUCAAAGUUGCUGAAGCAUCACUAAGUGAUGUUUCUACUCAGCUUAGAAACAUUAUGUCCAAACCGAAUAAACGGGAAGUUGUUGGAGGUUUUGUAUUUGCUGGUAGUGGACGUGGUGACUCUUUCUUUGGUCGUCCAAACGCAGACAGCUCGCCGUUCUUGGAGAACUUCCCGGAGUUGCGUUUUGGUGGUGUAUUCUGCGACGGUGAGAUUGGAAGAGGCUUGUUAGUGGGGGAGGAAGAAAGUAGCAGUCAGGGACAGGGAUGUCUUCAUGUUGUUAGUUCUGUUUAUCUUAUUGUCUCGUAUGCAUGUUCUUAAACCGAACAUGUAUGUUUUCUUUAUGUUUUUUAAAGAAGAUUAAAGACUCUAAUUUGAAGCAAAACUUUUAUUUAAAGUUAUAUAGGUAAAUAUUAAAGCA